AUGGAAAGGUUACAACAACUUUCUUUGCACGCUACUGCUAGCACCCAGCCACCAGUGGCACCUCCACACCCUUUGGACCCUCUCACAACGCAGGAGAUCAAAGCUACUUCUCUGGUGGUUCGCAGCCAUUACAAGGGUCAGACUUUGGUUUUCAACACGGUUUCUCUUAGAGAGCCAAUCAAAAGAGCUUACUAUGAUUGGAAAGAAAGAAACGGUCCUAAGCCUCCCAGAUUGGCCUACUUUGUUGUCACCGAGAACGAUCAUGUUGGCGUUCACGAGGGUGUGGUAGACUUGCCUUCGUUGACAGUGGUCGAAUCGAAGGCUACUUCUGGUGUUCAGCCAAUUUUGACUCCUUCUGACCUCCAAAACACCGAGGAUAUCGUCAGAAGCGACCCUCGUGUGGUUGAACAGUGCGAGAUCUCCGGUAUUCCAAAGGAAGAAAUGAAGAACGUUUACUGUGAUGCUUGGACCAUUGGGUACGACGAGAGAUGGGGCUCCUCUAAAAGACUUCAGCAGGCUUUGAUGUACUGGAGAUCUGACGAGGAUGACUCUCACUACUCUCACCCAUUGGAUUUCUGUCCCAUUGUGGAUAUGACGGAGGGUAAGGUGGUCUACAUAGAUGUACCAGGCAGAAGAAGAAAAGUAUCCAAACACAAACACUCUUCUUUCCACCCCAAGCACAUAUCAGAGAAGUUUGGAACCUCAGAGAACCCAUCUGGUUUCAGAGACGAUGCCAAACCUAUCAAUAUUACCCAGCCUGAGGGUGUCUCGUUUGCAAUGAAGGGUAACGUUAUGAACUGGUCAAACUUCAAUUUCCACAUUGGUUUCAACUACAGAGAAGGAAUCGUUCUCUCUGAUAUGAACUACAAUGAUCACGGUAAUGACAGACCUCUUUUCCACAGAAUUUCCUUGUCUGAAAUGAUUGUCCCUUAUGGGUGUCCCGAUUUCCCUCAUCAGAGAAAGCACGCCUUGGAUAUUGGUGAGUACGGUGCCGGUAACUGUACCAACCCUCUUGCGCUUGGUUGUGACUGUAAAGGUGUGAUCCACUACAUGGACGCUCAUUUCACUGACAAGGAUGGAGAACCUUUAACCAUCAAGAACGCUGUUUGCAUCCACGAGGAGGAUGACGGUAUCUUGUUCAAGCACUCUGACUUCAGAGAUGAUUUCCAAACUACUGUGGUUACCAGAGGCAAACGUUUGAUUAUCUCCCAGAUUUUUACUGCUGCCAAUUACGAGUACUGCUUAUACUGGAUCCUCAGACAAGAUGGUACCAUCAAACUCGAGAUCAGAUUGACUGGUAUUCUCAACACUUACAUUUGUGCUGAGGAUGAGGACAUUGGACCAUGGGGAACUGUCGUGUACCCACAGGUUAAUGCCCAUAACCACCAGCACAUCUUUUCUUUGAGAUUGGACCCACGUAUUGAUGGUGACAACAACUCUGCUGCCACAUCUGACUCAAUUUCUGGCCCAGGUGCUACUGGAUCACCCGAAAAUGCCUACGGAAAUGCCUUUUGUGCCGAAAAAACCACCUUCAAGACCGUCAGUGACUCUCUUACCCAGCCAUCCACAGCCAGAACCUGGGAUAUCUUCAACCCUUCAAAGAUCAACCCAUACUCCGGGAAGCCAUCUUCUUACAAGUUGGUGUCUACAUUUACUCCUCCACUCUUGGCUAAGGACGGCUCACUUGUGAAAAAGAGAGCUCCUUGGGCUGCUUGGGCCACACAGGUUGUUCCAUACAAGGAUGAAGGCGUUGGAUACGGUCGUUUGUACCCAUCUGGUGACCACGUUGCCCAGUGGUCUGGCGAUGGCGCUAGAGGUAUGAGAGGAUGGAUUGGCGACGGAAAAGACCAGAUUGAAAACACGGACAUCCUUUUCUUCCACACAUUUGGCAUUACUCAUUUCCCUGCCCCUGAGGAUUUCCCUGUCAUGCCCACGGAAAUUUUUGACCUCAUGUUGCGUCCAAGGCAUUUCUUUACCGAGAACCCAUGUCUUGACGUGAAACCAUCAUACGCCAGAACCACAAAGGAGGUUAAAGCUGGAGACAAAGGUGUCGACGAAUGUACCCUUGAUGUCGACAAGACAUCUCAAUUGGCAUUUACAAAAACCUCUGGCUCCUGUUGCAAGAAAUAA